UUCAUUGGAGGCCCAUUUCCUUCUUGUCUCUGUCCCAGGCUGAAGCCACUGGAGAGCGUGUUGCGGAGGCUGAAAGGAGGGGCCCAGGUACUACAGUCACAAACAAAAAUGGAGAAGUCAUACCCAAAGGUAACUGAACCCCGGGGGAGACUGGAGAAUGGAGAAAGAGAAGCUGACAUCGUCCAGGCUGGGCCCAUGAAGGACUUCCUAAAAAGAGAUGUCCCACUACAGGUCAAGAAGGAGACAGUGGAGCAGCGCUGGGAAACCCAACUGCAGGAGUUUCUGAAGACCAUGGAUCCCCCUCAUUCAGGAGGGAGGCCACCACAAUUCCUUGAGCCCAUGUUUGAAGAGGACACAAAGGAAUCCCAAGCCUCCAUCAAGGAAAUAACCAACCAGUGGCCUAGAAGAGAGUGGGCACCUAGGCCACCCUCGUGGGCUUCGGAAGAUCUUCUCAGGGGAGCCAGUCAACCCAACGGAGGCCUGGAUUCUUCCAUGAAUAUGGAGAAGCUCCCAAGUGAGGAUGCUGUUAGUUCAGAGGUUCGACGCCAACGCUUUCGGCUCUUCUGCUAUGAGGCAGCCAAGGGACCCCGCGAGGUGUGCAAGCAGCUCUGGAAACUUUGUCACCAGUGGCUGAAGCCUGAGAGCUGCUCCACGGACCAGUUCCUGGAUGUCUUGAUCAUGGAGCAGUUUCUGUCCGUGCUGCCCUCGGAAAUGCAGAGCUGGGUUAUGGAGGGGAGUCCUGAGAACUGCAGUCAGGCAGUGGACAUGGCUGAGGACUUCCUCCAGAGGCUGAAGGAGCCAGAAAAAUGGGCAAAAGAGGUCAAGAAGGAGACAGAGGAGCAACGCUGGGAAACCCAAUUGCAGGAGUUCCUGAAGACCAUGGAUCCCCCUCAUUCAGGAGGGAGGCCACCGCAAUUCCUUGAGGACACAAAGGAAUCCCAAACCUCUAUCAGGGAAAUAGCCAACCUGUGGCCUAGAAGAGAGUGGGCACCUAGGCCACCCUCUUGGGCUUCAGAAGAUCUUCUCAAGGGAGUCAAUCAACCCAACAGAUGUCUGGAUUCUUCCAUUAAUAUGGAGAAGCUCCUGAAUGAGGAUGCUGUUAGUUCAGAGGUUCGACACCAACGCUUUCGGCUCUUCUGCUAUGAGGCAGCCAAAGGGCCUCGUGAGGUGUGCAAGCAGCUCUGGAAACUUUGUCACCAGUGGCUGAAGCCCGAGAGGUGCUCCAAGGACCAGAUCCUAGAAGUCUUGAUCCUUGAGCAGUUCCUGACCGUUCUGCCUUCAGAAAUGCAGAGCUGGGUUAUGGAGCGGAUUCCUGAGAACUGCAGUCAGGCGGUGGACAUGGCUGAGGAGUUCCUCCAGAGACUGGAGGAGCCGGAAAAAUGGGCAAAAGAGGAGCCAGAGAUGGUGCUAGAGUCUUUUGUCAGCAUCACAAAGUCAGAACAGGAGCCACUUGAUCCCAUUCAGACACAACUCCCUGUGGAAGCAAAGCAAGAGGGUGAUGAUGAGUCCAAUUUCUUGGACAAUGGGCAAGUACAGGAAAGUGAAGAGGAGUCUUCUCAUCUACAGAAACAUGACCAAGUGCCUAUCUGUGGAAUAUCCUUGCAGAGCCUUGAGACAGAUUUGAUGCAUGGAAAUCCUCCAGUACCAGAAGCUUGCUCGGGAAACCAUCCUGUGGAAGAGAACAAGCAUGAGGAAGACCCCAGUUUGCAAAGCAAUAGCUUUUCAGAGGAAAUAAAUCACUUCAAGAUCAAGAAGGAACAAACUGACAACAAGAAUGUCAAAGACCUGAACAGCCAGGUUGAGGAAGGGGCUGAAAAACCACAUAAGUGUUUUUACUGUGGAAAGACUUCCAAUUGUAAGGCAGACCUUGUGGUCCACGAGAGAAUCCACACUGGAGAGAAGCCGUACACAUGCUUGGACUGCGGCAAGUGUUUCAACCGGAAGUCAACACUUGUGAGGCACCAAAGGAUGCACACCGGUGAAAAGCCGUAUGAGUGUGCCGUAUGUGGGUGGCGUUUCAGCGCCCGGUGCAACCUAAUCAAUCACGAGAGGAUCCACACAGGAGAAAAGCCAUACAGCUGCUCCAACUGUGGGCAGAGCUUCAGUCGGCGGAUGCAGUUUGUCGUACACAACAGAACCCAUACAGGAGAGACGCCGUAUAGGUGCAUCCAGUGUGGAAAAUGCUUCACUCGGCGCUCUUCCCUCUUGACACAUGAGAGAAACCACACAGGCAAGAAGACAAAUAUUGUAGCAUCGCAAGCACCGGAUGAGCUUUCUGAGUGCUCAGAGGAUGAGGAUAAUAGGCUGCAACCUGUAAUUUCCGAGGAGUCUGCGGAAGAUAGUAGGGGCCUGGAAAGAGAUGUUUUGGAAUCUCCAGGCCGUUCCCAAGCAACGGGAAAAAGUGAUAUCAGUUCCCAUGAGACUAGGCCAGAGUGGGCUUUGGAGGAGAAUGUGGGAGAUGAAGGUUUUUCCAAGUCAAGUCGCUUGGAGAUUAGGACACAGAAUGUAAAGCAAAGACAAGAUAAUGAGAGAGAAAGCAGGUGUGCACAAAGUGAUGUCAUGGGAGGGAUAGAGGCCUUUUAAGUGGUUUCAGGGCUUUAGUGGGAACAAUGCUGUAAAAGGGGGAAAACAGCUCCUGAUUUCUAGUCUGAAGUUCCUGGUUCCUGUACUUCAAGAUUUUUUGUUUGAUUACUGUUUAAGACUUCGUGUUUUUAAAGGUUUUGACUCUUGCAUUCCUGUUUUUGUGUUUAUGGAAAUAACUUUUGAACAAUACCCUGCAUAAGUAUUCUUUUGCUUUGUCUUAACUCAAGUCUCUGAUAAUUGCUUUUUGAUGCCUUGGUUCAAAAGCUGAGGAACUCUUGAUCUCAGGAAUUACUUUUUGUACUUUUGCUGAUUCUUUUUUGACUGGCUUUUUCCUUUUAUACUUAUUCAUUAAUAAACUUUUACUUAUUGGAUUA